AUCUGUUUGCUUUCCCGUUUUCAGAUUGUUGAUGUGCACAACACUUACCAGUCCAUCGAUGGCAGCGAUGAGACCAAAGCCAACUGGAUGAGGUACGUGCGGACCUCGUCGGAGGAGAGCGACAGGAACCUCACCGCGUUUCAGCACGGUAAAAACAUCUACUUCAGAGUCUGCCGGGCGCUGGCGGCCGGAGAGAAGCUGAGGGUCUGGUACAGCGACGAUUACAUCAGACGACUUCACUGCGUUUCUCAGGAGAGCAUCGACCGCAACCUGGACACAGGUCCUGGGAAAGACUUCAAGUCCCCGUGCCUGCAGUCAGCUCUGCAGGGCAAACUGAGCAAACAGCCGAGCGAGGAGUCCGACGGUCAGCCUCCGGCCAAGAGAAAGAAGAUCGACCUCAUCUUCAAAGACGUCCUAGAAGCUUCUUUGGAGGACUCUGGUAAAUCCAGGUUCCGGUCCGGCCAAACCAGCGAGUAUAAAGCACCAGCCCUGGUCUCGGGGUUUGAUUCCUCUGAGAGCAGCUUUGGCGUUCCCAACCUGAAGGUGGAAGAGAAGGAGGAGGAGAACCAGAGCACGGAGAAACCCUCCACCUCCUUCUGCCCCAACUGUGUGAAGCUGAAGAGGAGGAUUGUGGAACUGGAGGAGGAGCUGUCCCGUCUCCGAGGAGAACAGGGCGACGCUGCUGCUCCGUCCGAACAGACUCCACCCCAACGCGACCAGGCGCCACCGCACCCCGAGCAAGCCCCCAUCGAGGAUUUUCAAGGGAUGGAGCCCUUGACACCCACUCAGGUGGUUCUGGAUGAAGACGAGCAGGACGUGGACUCUGCCGACGAGUCCAUCGCUGCAGAUCUUGUGAUAUCUCCCGAGGACUCGUCGAAGCUUUCCUCCGCAGGAGGCAGACGGAUUCGACGCUUCAAGCAGGAGUGGCUGAAAAAGUUCUGGUUCCUCCGUUACUCGCCAACCCUGAAUGAGAUGUGGUGCCACGUGUGCCGCCAGUACACCGUCCAGUCAUCCCGCACCUCAGCUUUCAUUAUCGGCUCCAAGCAGUUCAAGAUCCACACCAUCAAGCUGCACAGCCAGAGCAACCUGCACAAGAAGUGUCUGCAGCUGUACAAGCUGCGCAUGCAUCCGGAAAAGACCGAGGAAAUGUGCAAGAACAUGAUGCUUCUCUUCAACGCAGCGUACCACCUGGCCCUCGAAGGGCGGCCCUUCUCCGACCUCCGUUCGUUGGCAGAGCUCCUGAAGAAGUGCGAGCUCAAAGUGGUAGAUCAGUAUAUGAAUGAAGGCGACUGUCAGAUCCUAAUCCACCACAUCGCCCGGGCUGUGAAGGAGGAUCUCGCAGAGAAGAUGCGUCUGUCUCCCUUCCUGAGCGUCAUAAUGGACGCCCAAAACGAUGACCUUUUCUCCGACAUGGUGGCGGUCUACGUCCAGUUCGUCACCAACGAGGGCUCCCCAAACACAGAGUUCCUGUCCUUGCAAAGACUGACCGUGGCCAAUGUGGAUGGGUAUCUCCAGGUCAUGGAUCGUGCCUUUGGUGUCCUAGGCCUCCGGUUUCAGGACUUGCUGGUGGUCGGUUUGGGGGUGGACGGCACCAACAUCUCUUCAGGAAUGAGAGCAAACCUUUAUAUAGCUGUCCAAAAAACCUUUCCCUGGAUCCUCUGUCUUCCCAUCAUGAUCCAUCGACCACAUCUGGAAGUCCUGGAUGCCAUCAGUGGAAAGGAGCUCUCCUGCCUGGAGGACCUGGAAAACAACCUCAAACAGCUUCUCAGUUUUUACCGCUACUCCCCUCGCAUGAUGGCCGAACUGCGAUCCACUGCGCCAACGCUGUCAGAGGAGACGGAGUUCCUAGGAGACAUCAGAGCCAUACGCUGGAUCAUAGGAGAGCCGAACGUCCUUAAUGCGCUCAUCAAGGAUUACCUGGAGGUCGUUGCACACCUUAAGGAGAUCAGUAGCCAGACACAGAGGGCUGACGCUGCGGCCAUCGCACUCACCCUCCUCCAGUUCCUCAUGGACUAUCAGUCAGUGAAGCUCAUCUACUUCCUGCUCGACAUCAUAGCGAUCCUGUCACGAUUGGCCUUCACCUUUCAGGGAGAGUACCUGCUGGUGUCGCAGGUGGAAGCCAAGAUAGAGGAGGCCAUUCAGGAGAUAGGCCAGUUGGUGGACUGCCCCGGAGAAUAUCUGCAGGAGUUUGAGGAAAAUUUCAGAGAAAGUUUUAACGGAGUUGCCUUGAAGAACCUGCGCGUUGCAGAGUCCAAGUUUCAGUCCAUCAGAGAAAAGAUCUGCAACAGGAGCCAAAGCAUCCUGUCUCAGAGGUUGGACCUGCAGAGCUGCUCGUUCGCCAAAGCCUGCAAGGUGCUGGACCUGUCCACCUGGCCCAGCAACCACGAGGACCUGCAAGCCUACGGGGACGAGGAAAUCAAGAUUAUAUUCAACCACCUGGAAUCGAUUCCCACCGCAGCCCAGGAGGUCUCCCAGACGGAGGCCAGAGGCAGCCUGGUGGUGGAGUGGAAGGACCUGAAAGCAGACUACUACAGCAUGAACGGUUUUAAAGAGGUGAUCGGCCACAUCUGCAGGUACAAGCAACGCUUCCCGCUGCUGAACCGCAUCGUGCAGGUCGUCAGGGUCCUGCCCAGCUCCACGGCCUGCUGCGAUAAGGGCCGAGGGUCUCUGCAGAAAAUGUGCAAGAACAACCGCUCCCGGCUGACCCUGGAACAGAUGAACGAUCUGCUGACCGUGGCUGUUAACGGACCGCCCAUCGCAAACUUUGACGGGAAGCGAGCAUUGGACAGCUGGUUCGAGGAAAAGUCUGGCAGCGGCUACUCGCUCUCGGCUGAGGUCUUGAACAGGAUGUCGGCGUCUGAUCAGAAAUGCGUGCUGCACAGCGUUGACGUCAACGCAGAAUUCUACCCUGAUGUGUAACAUGCAAAAUCGGUGCUGCUGAAAGACAGCAAACGAGGGUAGACGCUGACGUCACAAUUACUGCCACCAAAUUCAGCUGGAAGAACAAAAGCAACCAAUCGGUGUGAAAAGGCAGAAAAUCAAACAUCCAAAAAUUCCACUAAAAACUCAAGAAAACCCAAACGAGCCAUGUGAGCUUAAUCUUCAGUGGCCUUUGGCUCACUCACUCAUCAGGUUCGGGGAACACUUUCUGCACGGGCGCCAAAAUGCUUGUUGUGAAAUUUUAGCUUCAUGUAUCAAAAAUGUUUCAAGAAUUUUAAAAACUGUAGACUUACUUCCAGCAGCUUUUAUCUUUUUUUGCAGUUUGAAAUCUGAGGCCAUGUUUGAAUAUGAGUCUCUCCACAACUGUUAAAUGUUAAACUAUCAAGUAGUUGGACUCUCCAACAUUGUUGGUGAAACGUCGUUAAGAAACCUGGAGGCCGGUCGCUUUUCUUUGAGAGCUCCUGAGACGACCGUGACCUGGUGAGAACCUUCACAGACAUAAUGAUAUAAAACUUUUCAUAUGAGAAAUAAACUUAGCAAAACAAUUAAGACUUGUGAAAAGGGGAUUUCUAGCUCAUUUCCCAUGAUUGGCAGUCGGAUACCAGACGCCAACCCAACUCUCACCUUAACACCAAAACUGCUGGAGACAAGCAGACGAUCGGCAGCUGACUGGCAGCAUGGAUGGAGCUGUAAUGUACAUAAAACCCUCAAAGUGGGUGAAAAUAAAUAUUUAACAUAUUAAGCUAAAGUUUCACAGCAAUCCUUUUGCAGGUCCAAACUUUGGAUCGUGAAACCUUUGGACAAAUCGAAGGUGGUCGAGCCGAGAGCCCACGGCGACUGAGAUUCGACUCUCUGCACGAGGCCUGAUCUGACUGCUGUGGUAUUCUGGUCUCUGUGUGAAUGGGUUGCAACCUAAUCUCGACCCAACUGAACAAAAACGACCGCAAAGUGCUUCAAAACGUCCCAAAUCGAUGCAAAACGACGCCCAAAAGGCUCCGAGAGACCCACGACCUCCACGGAGACACAGACUCACCACCAAGAAACAAACAUCCACAGGGAGGCGGCGAAACAAGAAGCACAAAAACAAGCGACGGCGUGUGCCGUUGUGUUGCUUUCACGUGUCCGUGCUCGGCUGGGAGCCUCCCGCUCUGAGCUGCGCUUGUUCCAUGUGAUAAUGAAGCGCUUGUUGCCACGAUAACAGACAGUUUCACAUCGGGAACAAUCGUUGCUCUCUGCUUUAGCUCAUCUGCCAGCGGCUUAUUCAGUGUUGUGCCUGACAGGAAUGAAAAGCUGGAGUGUAAGGAUGUAUAAAGGCUUUAUAUUUCUAUUAGAAAUGCCCUGCUGCACACGGUCUGUACUGUGCUGACUGUACAUACUGUAAAUGCUGCCGAGCCUGUUUUUACAGGACAGUGUUUUUCUCUUGAAUUGGAGGAUUGUGCCAAAAUGAUCGAAUGCGAAGAAAAAGGUGCUAUCCUGCGACGCCACGCUGUACUUUUGCCAUAUUUGUUCAGUCUUUAGUGCAGCCGAUGAUCUAUUUUAUGUUCCUGAUGCCAUUUUCCACUGAUGUUCUGCAGGAGCAGUUCAGCUUCGGCCAAAGCUUCAGAGGCGUUUUCACAGCUGCAUGAUCAACCGCUGCUUUCAGCUCGUUCCUAAGUGUUUUAUAAUUAUUAUAAAGGUUUUUUGCUCAUGUUUAAUGCAGAAAUAAAAAUGCCAUGAUGGGAA